AAGGGACAAUUGAUCACACGCAUCUUGCUUGUACAGUAAACAGUAAAUACAUGACAGGUUAUAUUAGCCAACUAUAGACUAAAGACAUAUGCCGAGAUUGGUUAAGCAUAAGUUAAUAUGUUCUUUUUCAAAAACUUGUUUUAAUGGCAGAUUUAAAAACAAAGUGGUGUGCAGUAAAAGAAGACCUUGAAAGUCAACUGAAAGCACAGAAAACUGAAAAAAAGACUGCUCCAACUAAGAUGAUGCCGACAGAGAGAUACCUAACUGCUUCAUCAAACAAAACAAAUGCAAACAAUGAUGUCAAUGAAAGUAGAGGCAUGGAGAAAGAAAUAGUUCUGAGCGAGAACCUUGAGACAUCCUCAAUACAUCGUGUAAAAAUCACCAUUCCAAACAAAAUAUCAGAGAAUGUAAGUAAGAAAACUAAAGUGUCUGAAAAUGUAACCAUGAAAAAUAAAGAGCAAUUGGGGAAAACAGAGGAUGCUGGGACAUCCACAAGACAACAUGUCACAGAUAACUUUACUCACAAAGUAUCUCAAUAUAUACUCUUGAAAACCGAAGAGCAAGUCGAGCAAACAGGGGAUUUAAUGACACCCACAAGACAGCACACCACAACUACUGCCUCUCAAAAGAUAUCCAAAUAUGUGCCCAAGAAAACUAAAGAUCAAGUAAGGCAAAAAGAGGAUUCUCUGGCAUACACAAAACAACAUGUUCCUGCUACUACCACAUGCAAAAUAUCGAAACAUAUACCCAAGAAAACUGAAGAACAAGAGGAACACAAAAAAGAUUCUGGGACAAGUACACAAGGGGCUUCCAUAGAUACUGCUACCCAGCCAAUAUCUGAAUCCAUGUCAUUGUACGUUCAAGAGGAGGAACAAUGCUAUGAAACUGUCAUUAAUUUGUUACAAAAUCUGCUGAACAAACAAGAGAGUAUACACCCUCAGGAUGAACAUAUUACUUUUCUGAUGAGUCUUGCUCCAUACAUUAAACAUGUACCCGAGAGCCAGCAGCUAUCAAUGAGAGUUAGUGUAAUGAACACAAUUCUUUCAUUCAUUCCAUCUCUAUCUGACUCUUAUCACUCUUUGACAACCACUCAGUCACCUUUCACAGACGAUCAUCAAAGACAGGCAACAGCUCCCCAUUCGUCAAAGACCUUAUAGGCUUUAAAAACACUUAAUUUCAGUUACAUAAUAAGUCCUGCUAUAAGAAGGUGUCACAGGAAAAUAUG